AAAUACUCAAAUACUUGGUUUGCUUAACCCCAGGAAUGCAGUGUACUGAUGCCGGCAGCUGUUGAAAUAUGGAGCGGUCUUCUAUUCUUUCGAUAUUUCUUCUUAUAUGCUCUUCUAUUUUUGCUCAUUUCUACGGAAUAAUUGAUCUGGAUUAUUUUUCAACAAAGGAAUAUAAAAUAUUCAGAUCGUUACAUGGCCUAUCAAACCGCAAGGUCUCGUAUCAAAGCGCGUUGCUUGGUUUUGACUUCAACCAUUUGCUUUCACUGAAUAGCUUAAAAAAUAAUAUCACGCUGGGUGAUCCCUAUUUAAGCUCUAGUAUCUCAGAUGUGCAACUUGGAAUCUUAGAAGAGCUGCACAAAAAGUUUCGCUUUCACUUUGAAAGAGACACGUUGGGACUACUACUUGUAAAUGAUAGCGAAGUUUUCUCUGAAUUAACUAAAUUGAUAAAAUCAAAGCAGCCGAAAACGAUAUCAGAUGGCGUCGUACCUGCGUUUUUAGAGGAGUUCAAGGAUCUUGCGAAGGUGCAAAUAGGUGCUUCAGUUAGCAAAAAGACUGAUGUCAAAGAGAGAUCAGUCAUUGGCGCGUGCCACUCACAAGAAACAACUAAAUUAGGACUGGAAUGGAAACCUGGGGAUGAUCUUUUUGCUAUUCACCGAUCUGAACUGCCUAGAAGAGGCAAUAGAGAGAUCAGUCAUUGGCGCGUGCCACUCACAAGAAACAACUAAAUUAGGACUGGAAUGGAAACCUGGGGAUGAUCUUUUUGCUAUUCACCGAUCUGAACUGCCUAGAAGAGGCAAUAGAGUCCUAAUCUUCUCGAAUACGUCUGUGCCUAAUGUGUUAUGCUGGGAAGAUUUCUUCACUUCGGCGAAAACAUCUACUUACGACCUCGUUGUUAUCGGAGGCCUCCAUUCAUUGCAAUAUCUACCGGAGAAAGAGUACGUUAGAUAUUUGAGCAUUCUAGCUGACUAUCUUAAAUCACUAGAUGCAUCAAGGCCCGUUCAUCUGGAGCUGGGAAAUGUAGACUCAGUGGAUUUCUUGCAACAUAUGGCCGAUGUGGUCUUCCCUCUAGUACAUUCCAUUGGAAUUGGAGAGAACUCAGUUUUAGUUCUGAAUAAAGCCGUAGUAGAAAAUGAUUCGAACGUGAAGCUGGACGCGGGAAUAGCUAUAGCCGGAGGUGUGGCAAUUAUAAACGACAUACUGCACGGGGUAAUUUCGAAGGUCACAGAAGGCGCUCCACAAUCAAGACUAAGUCGCAUGUUUUUCCACAGCUCCUCAUUUCUGGUAACAGCUGUGAAAGAAUCACAUUGGUCGAAUAACGAAGCGGCAUUAGCUAGUGCUUCACUCGCAGUUAGCAAGUCUGCAUGUAAUGUUAAGAGCAGCCUGGACUUGGUUGACAAAAGGUUAGCUAUGCCCGUCUACUUCACCUUGUCGAAGGCCGAUUCCUCUUUCGUAGCUGGACUCAACAUGAACAAGCCGGUCGUAACUUGGUCAUACAAAGACACUAGUUUCUACAUAGCGCCUGUUAUUAUUUGCGAUGACCCCGACAGGACCAAAGACCACGGACUUACAGCUUCAGCCGUGGCGUUGGUCCGCUCAAAGUUCUACGUAACCGAGGGAAAAAGGGGAUAUGUUUCCCAAAACGAGGCAGAAGAUUCUGACUCAGAUCUCUAAUUCGGAUCAAUACACGUGUAAUUUUGUACUAUUUAGUGUAAUUUUGUACUAUUCUGAGGAAUAUGUUUUCUGUACAGUUUUCAUUCUAUAAAAAAAAA